AUGAACCUUUGCGGGUCGCACCGCUGGCAGGACGUCGUCCGCCUCGUCCUCUCCCCCAGUUUCUGGUUCGAUCGCUGUUGGCCAGGACUGCGCAAAUAUUGUUUUUCUCUGGCUUUGAUAUCUGCAAUUUCGGCGAAAUGUCUUCAUAUUUAUUCCCAUAUUACAUCCCUCUAUCCGUCUGAGCUUUUUCUCUGGGGCCCGACAUUCUUUGUGCAGGAUAUUAUCUGCAUUCUCCUCGUGCACACCUUGUGUCGCAAUUGGCAGCGAAGAUGGGUCCGUGCUGUGUCGUCCCUACCGGCCAUUUUCUUGAGUGUCACUAUCUCCGGGCUGGCCGCAGCGAACAUUUACUUUUACGUCGAGACGGGCGCUGAAAUUCACUGGCGACAAGCACGCGGCUUCCAUGGCGAUGUCGCCUCGGUCAAGACGCUUUUGACCGGCAUGCUCGGUGUUGGCAUCGUCGAAGUGGUCUUCUUCGCGACCUCGUAUUUUGCCACUCCGCACCUAUACAACGGGGUCGAAAUCUUGGUCGACACAAUCGUGUCCUAUGCGGCAAUGCGGAACUGCUGGCGCCGAAAACAAACUACCGAGGAUGCGAAAUCCUACGAGCAAGUAGCCCUUCAGGACUCUGAUGAUGAGGACAGCGACCCAGUGUCACUGAAUAUGGAGGAUCCCAUGGAAGCCCCGGAGCCCCGAAGUCGGCUUUCUCGGGUGCUGGGUCUCCUCGCUGUCGGCUGCACGGUAUUUCUAUUCCUCCUGCGCUGUGCUCGCCCGUCAGAUCCCACGUAUAUGUUCCUCUCCCAGACCGUGAUUGUCGGCCCCCUCGACAAGGGCAAGUCUUCCAGCGAGCAAUCUGUCCAGCUUCCUAAGCUGGAAGGGGACUACAGUUGGCUUGGUAACCACACUGCGCUGGCCCCACCGCCAAAGCUGGACUGGCUCCCGGCCAAAGAGUUGGAGGGAUUCCGAGACUGGUACCAGAGCGCAGACAACAAAAAGGCGCCCGUUCAUUACGAUCCAAAGAAAGACCCUCUGCAUAUCUCCAACCUCGACAGUCAAGUCAUUGAACCGCUUCGGGAGGCUCUUAAAAGUGGCAAUGUCAACAUCAAGCAUAUCUUGCUGUUCAAGCUGGAAAGUACUCGGGAAGAUGUCUUCCCGCUUCGCAAGGAAUCCGAUUUGUUCAAAAUUAUCAGUGAGACAUACGGUGGGAAUCAGGUUCCCCCGGAGGUGGAGGCACGGCUGGCCAACUUGACCCGCACCGCGGAGAAAUUGACUGGCACCCGGUCCGGCUUCAACGAUGACGAAAAGACAUUCAAGCCAUAUGGAGGCCUCCACGCCAAAAAUGCUUACACCGCCGCUACUUUUACCCUCAAGAGUAUCACUGCGAGUGUGUGUGGUCUUUUGCCGCUCGUCAUGGACUUCAGCCGCGAAUACAACUACCAUAUUUACCAGCCCUGCAUGCCGCAUAUUCUCGGGGCCUUGAACACUCAAUUGAAUAACACGCCCACCACAGACAACUAUACCUCUUGGCCCUGGCGGUCGAAGUUCAUGCAGAGCAUUACGGAUCACUACGACAACCAAGAUCUUCUGCUCCCUGCCCUGGGUUUCAAUGACACAAUCGCCGAAGAUCAGAUCAACGAGGACCUCCAAAAGAAAGGCAAGCCUCUACCAGAGAAGAUGAAUUUCUGGGGGUACCCUGAAUCACGAAUUCGGGACUACUUCCUCAAUGCAUUCAAGGAGGCCGAGGAGAAGCAUGAACGGCUUUUUAUCGGGCAUCUGACUGGAAUCACCCAUCACCCUUGGGACACACCAAGCCACGAGUAUAACGAAUUGAUCGGGUCGCCAUUGCUGAAAAAUACCGAAAACGUCAAUCGCUAUCUCAACACGGUUGGAUUGGGUGACCAAUGGAUUCAAGAUGUACUGAACAUCCUAGAGGAAGCUGGAGUUGCCAACGAGACUCUGUUCGUGAUGGCUGGUGACCACGGCAUUGCUCUUCCGGAGAAUAACGGUCUGACGCCCUACGACAACCCGCAUGUGGCCAACUUCCAUGUCCCCUUGGUCCUCGCCCACCCGCAACUUCCCCAGGUUGAUAUUGACCCUCGUGUGACCUCCAUGCAGAUCGUGCCGACGGUUCUGGAUUUGUUGGUGGAGUCGUCGUCUUUGGAUGAACAGUCUGCGCAUGCCAUCAAAGACCUGCUCCCGAUGUACGAAGGUCAAUCGAUGAUUCGGCCCCUCAUUCCUGAGAAGGAUGGAGUCGAAGACUGGCAGUUCAGUGUCAUGAACACGGGCGCAACGUGGCUGGCUCUGCGGUCUGCGACCAAGCCGUACCGUCUGAUUGUCCCGCUUGUGGCCGACGUCGAGUGGCGAUUCUCUGACAUUGAAGUUGACCCGCACGAGCUGGACUAUCUCAUGUCGUUUGACCUCUUGGCCCUGAUGAAACAGGUCAAGAGGCGCCAUGGCGAGGAUGCCAUGAAGUGGAUCAACGAUGCGGCUCAUGUUGCGGAAUGGUGGGUGAAGGAUAACUGGCGCCGCUACGAAUAUGUGCCAUCCUAA